UGCAAGGUGUAACGUCGCUGAACACUCCAAUAUUCAAAUAAUGGCCUUGACGCUACACACAUCACACGGGGAUAUAAAGUUAGAGUUGUUUUGCCGCGAGGCUCCCAAAACUUGCCGAAAUUUUCUUGCUCUCUGUGCCUCUGACUUUUACAAUGGACUGACCUUCCAUAGGAAUAUUAAGGGUUUUUUGAUUCAGGGAGGUGAUCCUUCUGGUACUGGGAAGGGUGGUGAGAGCAUAUAUGGCGGAUUGUUUGAGGAUGAGAUAGUUGGUCAUCUGAAGCAUGAUAAACGGGGAGUGGUUUCGAUGGCUAACCUGAGCAAACCAAACACCAACGGCUCGCAAUUUUUUAUUACAUAUGCCAAGCAACCUCAGCUCAAUGGAGUCUGCACCGUUUUUGGCCGGGUCAUUGACGGUAUGGACGCUUUAGAUAGAAUGGAGAAAGAACCCGUUGGCAAAAAGUAUAAACCGGAAAACCCUAUAACUAUUGAUAGUGUGACUAUACAUGCCAAUCCUAUAGCUGAGAAUGACUGUGAAGACAUUCAAAAAGAGGUUAGCGAAUCAUCAUAACGGUGAUUGCUACCCUGCGUCUGAUCUAAC